AUGCAAUCUGAUGAAACCUCUUUUCACUUCAAUAGUUAUGCUGAACGGAAGCUGGAAAGUGGUGUCACUACUGGACGCGUUUUCGGGGGUGGUGUCACUACUAGCCAACUACCCUAUUUAGCUUAUUUAUUUUCAAGACGAAGAAAUAAUAAAUAUUCUUUAUCAGUCUGUCUAUUGAGAUCUCUCAAUCAUUAA